CACUCACCCACCUCUAGUGAUUAUUGUUUACAUUGCAAAAACAAAAAAAAACAUGAGAUCCGAACCGAAUCGAUCCGGAUUCAGCUGAAACGGACAUCACAACUUUCCAGGAGGGGGACAGAUUGCUUUCUUCACCCCGCAGCGACGACGACGACAAGGAGGAGGAGGAAGACGACGACGACUAGAGCCCAACUUUGUUUUCAUCGCCUGGACCGAAAAGCAUCCCCAGCACAGGCGAGGAGAACCGAGGGGUUAACUGACGCCAGCUUUAAAGACAUCAAUUGUACCUGGUGGAGGAAAAAAGUCGGAGGGUCGCCAUUGUGUGGAGGGGAAAGAGGCUACUCGAUAUCGCAACAUGAUGGUGCUCGGAGACGGGGAUGUGAAGGGGAUCCCCGCCUAAAGAGCACUAACAGGCGGGUUUGGGAUACCCUCAUCUACCGAGGCCUCCGAGGGGGAAUCUUCCAACGUCUACUUGAGGUCACCGCGCGCCACCCUCCCCGACAACCAUCACGCGAGGCCCGAGGCUGUGGAUGCGGCCUACCCCGGUCGGUAGGGACUGACGAGCACCGGGGAAACAACGGGGUACACUGUCCGGAUUAUAAACAGCAACGACAGGCGCGGGGAACAAGCACCAUGAUGGAAGAACUGCACAGCCUGGACCCUCGGCGGCAGGAGCUGCUGGAGGCUCGCUUCACCGGGGUCGGCGUGGCCAAGGGCUCAGGCCAAAAUCAGAAUGAGUCGUCCAACCAGAGUCUAUGUAGUGUCGGCUCUCUCAGUGACAAAGAACUAGAGACUCCGGAGAAAAAGGCCAAUGACCAGAGAGCCCGAAAACGGAAAGCGGACCACUUUGAUGGCAGCCAAGGAAAAGCAGGAACAAGGGGACAUAAAAUUAGCGACUAUUUUGAGUUUGCGGGAGGUAGCGGCCCUGGUACCAGCCCUGCAAGGGGGAUCCCACCGGUGGUCCGCUCUUCCCCUCAACACUCGCUCUCCAACCCUCCUGUCACGGUGCAGCAGGGUAGCCCCUCGUCGGUGGGCUCGGCCAACACGGAGCUAUCAUUGUGCUCUCUGAAGCCCGCCUCACUUCACUUGCUCCACAAAGCCACACAGUCUGACCUUACCAUAGAGAAACUAACCGCAUUGGAGAACAACAAGAACUCCGACCUGGAGAAGAAGGAGGGACGAAUAGACGAUUUGUUGCGGGCUAACUGCGACCUGAGGAGGCAGAUUGACGAGCAGCAGAGGAUGCUGGAGCGCUACAAGGAGCGCUUGAAUAAGUGCGUGACCAUGUCCAAGAAGCUCCUCAUUGAAAAAUCCAAACAGGAGAAAAUGGCGUGUCGUGACAAAAGCAUGCAGGAUCGGCUACGGCUGGGCCACUUCACCACAGUCAGACAUGGAGCCUCUUUCACCGAGCAGUGGACGGACGGCUACGCCUUCCAAAACCUCAUCAAGCAACAAGAGCGGAUCAACUCGCAGCGAGAAGACAUUGAGAGGCAGCGCAAACUGCUAGCCAAGCGCAAGCCGCCCUCCAUGGCCCAGACGCCGCCUCCGAGCCUGGAACAAAACAAGCGGAAAAGCAAAGCAAACGGGACAGAGAGUGAAGCGUUAUCGCAGGCGGAGUACCACGAGCAGGAGGAAAUAUUCAAGCUGAGACUGGGCCAUCUAAAGAAGGAGGAGGCUGAGAUCCAGGCAGAGCUGGAGAGGUUGGAGCGAGUCCGAAACCUGCACAUUCGCGAGCUGAAAAGAAUCCACAACGAGGAUAAUUCCCAAUUCAAAGAUCACCCGACGCUAAACGACCGAUACCUGCUUCUCCAUUUACUCGGACGUGGAGGUUUUAGUGAAGUUUACAAGGCCUUUGAUUUAACAGAGCAAAGGUAUGUGGCGGUCAAAAUCCACCAGCUUAACAAAAACUGGAGGGAUGAGAAGAAGGAAAACUACCACAAACACGCAUGCAGAGAAUAUAGAAUCCACAAAGAGCUGGACCACCCGCGAAUAGUUAAACUCUACGACUACUUCUCGCUUGACACAGACUCGUUCUGCACGGUCCUGGAGUACUGCGAGGGCAACGACUUGGACUUCUACUUGAAGCAGCACAAACUGAUGUCCGAGAAGGAAGGGCGCUCCAUCAUUAUGCAGAUAGUCAACGCCCUGAAGUACCUCAACGAGAUCAGACCGCCUAUCAUCCACUACGACCUUAAACCUGGUAACAUCCUACUGGUGAACGGCACGGCGUGCGGGGAGAUCAAGAUCACAGAUUUCGGCCUGUCCAAGAUCAUGGAUGAUGACAGCUACAACUCUGUGGACGGCAUGGAGCUGACGUCUCAGGGAGCCGGCACGUACUGGUACCUGCCGCCAGAGUGUUUCGUCGUCGGAAAAGAACCACCCAAAAUCUCCAAUAAGGUGGAUGUGUGGUCCGUCGGGGUCAUUUUCUACCAGUGCUUGUACGGCCGCAAGCCUUUCGGCCAUAACCAGUCUCAGCAGGACAUCCUGCAGGAGAACACCAUCCUGAAGGCCACAGACGUACAGUUCCCGCCCAAACCGGUCGUCACACCUGAAGCCAAGGCAUUCAUACGACGCUGUUUAGUCUACCGAAAGGAGGACCGCAUUGACGUUCAUCAGCUGUCCAACGACCCCUUCCUCAUGCCACACUUCCGCAAGUCGGUGGCCUCCUCGGGCAGCUCGGCCAUGGCCGUAGCCUCCACGUCCAGCUCCUCCAACAGCAGCGCCUCCAAUUGAGCCUACCACAGACCAGACUUGAUAGCGGGAAUGGCAUUGUGGGGGUGGAGCUUUAUUUUCCCCCCCACCUCACCUACCUUCCGCCUCCCUCCUAAUCGCAUCCCAUCUUGCCACGAGGGAAGUAUUGAAUGGAGAAGCAAAAGGGGGUGAGGAGAUUGGGAAAAGAUGUCCUCACCCCUACAGCUUACAUGUCUACUGGGGAGGUGUUGGUGUGGGUGGGGGGUCAAGCCCAGCCCAGGAUGACUCACAGUGAAAAGCAAGGUGGGCUUCAGCGUUCGUUUUUUUUCCUUCUGCUUAAAAAAAAAGAAAAGAAAUAAGAAGCGUAGAAGUGCUUCAGCUUGGCCCAAUGGACAAGACUGCUGUUGAGGUGAUGCGGGGGCAUUUGUGGCCCCCGCUGUCGCUCGCAAACCCACGCAUGAGUCCUUCUGGUGGACGUCGUUCACCUUCACGCUCAAACAGCAAGGCCUGUUUUAUUGCAUUACAGCCCCAAAUACCAGUGUCCCCACCUCAUAAAACACACACGCCCCUUCCUCCCCGUCAGCCCCUUGACCAAAGCUUUUAACUCAACCAGGUGGUGGCGCCGUUGCACCUCAGUUCUCUGAAGAAUGCUUCUGUAGGUUGUCAUGGAUUGGAAGCUACUGAAGAACGCCCCCCCCUCCCAAUUGCCGCCUCCUUCAUUUUUCAGGAAUUAACCAUUUUUAUGGAGAAAACUUGUUUUUUUUUUUUUUGUCAAGUUGCCUUUAAUUAGAACUCUUGCUUGUUUUUAUUGACCCGCCCUCCUCCCUGCCAUAAAACAUAUUUAUUUAGCUAUGUUUGAAUUCAUUUUUGGCCAUUUUAAGAAGAAAAAAAGCAAGGGACUGAUUUACCAUCUAGUACUUUUUGGGGGGGAGAAUUGGGCCUUAGCAGACCGUUACAUAAACCAUUAAAAAACUAUUGUUUCAAAGAUGUGCUUGUUCUAGUUUCAUGCCCUGGCCUUUUAUCGUUCAUGUCUCUUAACUUUAUUUAGGAGAGACCCUGACAGUGCUCCACACAUGACGUGUGCAUGUUUUAUUCAAGUUGCUACUCAUUCCAGGUAUUUUUCAACAUGGACAAAUACUGUAAUGACUUCAUUUGGGGCACCUUCACAAAUAUAAGAAGCAUUAUAUGUUUACUGUGGUUAUUUUGAGCAGAUUAGAAGUGCUUUUUAUAGGGUUUUUUUUUUUCCCCAAAAGUGUGGCACAGCGAGGCUUCCCUCAAAAAAAUAAUACAGUUGGACUGGACCUGCUCUGCAAAAUAUAAUUUUUUCGAGCACAUUUUGUAGCGUUUAUUAGUUCAUGCCAGACUACUAUUUACUCCCAGCUUCAGCUCAGUGAAAACCAGUGCAUUUGAUCUUAAAAUACAGUUUUCUAUAUUUCUCAAGCUGCUGCGCCUCCUCCCUUCUGGCUUCUGGGUUGUCUCUGA